GGGGCGGGCUCUGUUCACAACGUUCCUGACUGCGUCACUAUCGUGCGCCCCGAGCCUCGGUCUCCACGUGGGUUCGGUGGAGGAACCCGGGCUGGGGAUCAUGGCGGGAGCUGAGACUGGGGACGCGGCUGGAGCCGAGGCCCCGCAGCCCCAGAAGCGCUACUAUCGGCAGCGGGCUCACUCCAACCCCAUGGCGGACCAUACGCUGCGCUACCCUGUGAAGCCAGAGGACAUGGACUGGUCUGAGCUAUACCCAGAGUUCUUCGCUCCACUGACUCAAAAUCAGAGCCAUGAUGAUCCAAAAGAUAAGAAAGAAAAGAGAGCUCAGGCCCAAGUGGAGUUUGCAGACAUAGGCUGUGGCUAUGGUGGCCUGUUAGUGGAACUGUCACCGCUGUUCCCAGACACCCUGAUUCUGGGUCUGGAGAUCCGAGUGAAGGUCUCAGACUAUGUACAAGACCGGAUUCGGGCCCUACGAGCAGCUCCUGGAGGUGGCUUCCAGAACAUCGCCUGUCUCCGCAGCAAUGCCAUGAAACACCUUCCUAACUUCUUCCACAAGGGCCAGCUGACAAAGAUGUUCUUCCUCUUCCCUGACCCACAUUUCAAGCGGACCAAGCACAAGUGGCGAAUCAUCAGUCCCACACUGCUGGCAGAAUAUGCCUACGUGCUGAGAAUUGGGGGACUGGUAUACACCAUAACUGAUGUGCUGGAGCUACAUGACUGGAUGUGCACCCAUUUUGAAGGGCACCCCCUGUUUGAGCGUGUGCCUCUGGAGGAACUGAGUGAAGACCCCAUUGUGGGACAUCUUGGCACCUCAACCGAGGAGGGAAAGAAAGUUCUACGCAAUGGAGGAAAAAAUUUCCCAGCCAUCUUCCGAAGAAUACAGGAUCCCACCCUGCAGGCAGUGACCCCCAGUCCCACCCCUCCUGGUCACUGACUUUGCCUUAGCUGGACCCCAUCUUCCAAGGACUGGAAAGAAGAUCGGGUCCCAGGACCUUCCCAGCUGAACCUGCUAGGGCUGGGAGGCAACGAACCUCUCAGAAAUUGAGGAACUACCCAGGGCAGAACGACUGUCCCUGAGUCCUCUCACCUUCUUGCCCUUCUAGUGCCAGCAGAAAGCAAAAGAAGCUGACUGGGAAAGUCAAAAGACCUUGGACCAGAAGGGAUCUUUGGAAGAGUGUGGGGUUUUACGCCCCUUAGCACUCCCUUCUCCUUCUGGGAUCUCUCGUCAGCUGGAGUGAGGAAUGCAGUUCUCCACUGUCCAUCUAAACUGCCUGCUAGACUUGAGUCACCUGCCCACUUGUGUUUACUUUGCAGUUCUGGGGUAACAUGUCUACGUGUGCACAUGCCCAUGCUGCUGUUUUGCAGGAAAGGCCAGAAUGUGCGUCACUCCUGUCCUCCCCCUGGCUAAGAUUUGACCUGGGGAAUCUGUAGUGUCUUUAUUGUAGUUGUCUCUGGAGAGUCCCUGGGGGGUGUGGUGGUGGAGACCCUCUCCUUUUUCAUGUUGACCUUUGAUUCCAGAACUCCAGAGCUGACUGGCUGGCACAGAGCCUGACCUGGGGGUGGGGGUCGGGGGUGAGGAUCAGAGAGCUGAACUGGGGAGGAUUCUGAGGCUAACAGUAGAAAGGGGCUGCUGGCUAGAAAGCCCCCAAAAGGGGACUGAGUCAGCUGGAGAUUCAGAGCACUCACUUAUCCCUUGCUUUGUCCAGGAGCCCAGAUUAGUCUCUGAACUUUUCUAAUCUGCAAGAAGUUCCUUUAUCUUUCUCAAGUUCCAAAUUCUCAUGGCCAGGGCUUGUGGACCUAAAAGGAAUGAAGAUGAAGGCUCCCAGAGCCAUUGUAAC